CUUCUUCAUUCGCUGCACCGCGGGCUCCCGGGCUGGCGCCCAACAUCAGGUUGCAUUCCCCGCACCACCCAGAAGGUGACGCUCCACCAGUAGACCUUAGAGUCCACCUGAAAUGCUGGCACCAAACAGCACCUCUGUGCCUCCAGCCCUGCUUACCAGCAUGUGGCAGGGGACUGGUCCUCAGAAUGGCAACAGCACCACAGGCCUGACCCGCAGGACCCCAGCUCAAGGAGAGGGGGAGAUGGAGGCACUCUACAUCCUCAUGGUGCUUGGCUUCUUCGGCUUCUUCACCCUUGGCAUCAUGCUCAGCUACAUCCGCUCCAAGAAACUGGAGCACUCCCACGACCCAUUCAAUAUGUACAUAGAGUCAGAUGUCUGGCAGGAGAAGGACAAGGCGUAUUUCCAGGCACGUGUGCUGGAGAGCUGCAGGGGAAGUUUCAUUAUCGAGAACCCAUCGGCUGUCGAGCAACCUCUAGAACACCUGCCCGAGGACAAACCUUUGUCCUGACCCCACUCCAUGCACUGGGGCCAGCUUGACCUAACAGUCUGUUUUUUCCCCCUCUCAGUUCUGUGCCCCUUCUAUAUGUGUCCUUGACUGUAUGUGGAUUCCAGGAACUUCCAUUUUUUAUCUU